AUGCAGCGUGAUCUCGCCCGUAUUCUACUACAUUCUCCAUCUAAAAGUCUUGCCGUUUAUAUACAGGAAUGCGUGCAUUCCACAAGCAUUGGAGUCGAGGCUACUUUUGUUUUCCUGUUGCAAGUUAUUGAGGAAUUAGAGGCGGCGAUGGAAGAAUUUUUACCUUUUCAAGUACAUUCACAAGCACUAAAUGAUGACAAGGAAUUGGAGCUCGGGACACUUUUGUCCGCUGCGUCAUUGACGGUUCGGUAUGUAACAGAGAGACAAGUAAUGCUACCAUUGUUGCAACGAUAUCGUGAUGCUUUUCAAAAGGUGCUGCAGUAUCCCGUAUGGACACACAAGAGCUAUUAUGGACUGAAAACUGUCGCUUUAAUGGGGUUGACACGAGUACUUGAGUCUUUUGGUAACCAAGUGCCAACUGGAGACGUGCUGAAACAGCUGAGAUGGUUGUUUGGACUGUUUAAGGAGGAGAGUAUUCAACAUGAAGAGAUCGCACAGCGGUUCAAUACGUUGUUGCGUCCGGCGUGCGAAUAUGUGGCUGUGGCAUUGCAGACGCAUCUUACAGUUCAAGAAGCUAUCUUUACUGAGGUUCUACCACAACUUUUAGAACUACUGACGAUGGUAGAUGCAGUCAAACACGAGAUAGUGGUGGCAGAGGUAGUUAAGGUAGAGUUAGCUACGACCGCUGCGGUGCUUUUGGAAACCAUGUACCCGUACACGUCUCCAAACACGUUUGCGCUACUGGCACUACCUGACUUUGUUGAAGAAAUAGAAGCAGAUGAAUCCAAGGUAUCGGCUAGCAACUCGAUGUUUCCUUUAGCAACAGAGACCAUUUCUGAUCGAAUGGAAACUGUUGACGAGGAAGAGGAAAAGCCGUCGGCUACGUUCGUUACGAAGCAGAUGAAAGAGGAAUGCUGUAAGGUACUCUGCUCUUGGCUGGAAGUAGAUACUCGAAGAAUGGUGGCAGCACAAGCACUUGGUGUUAUGUACCGAGCGAUUGCAAGCGACGCUGGGGCAGAGAGCAUAGCGACAGGAUCGAUUUCACUCACAACACCUCUUGACACGAUGACAAAAGCGUUGAACGACACAAAACUGACUGCACUUCCUGAUUUCGACUUUUGCACUGCUCUGCUCGAGUCUAUCCGAGACAUCUGCCUAUUUCAGCGAAAACUUGCUGCGUCCACGCUUGAAGAUACUUUCAAAGCAAUGAGUACCGUGGUGCCCCGGCUAGAGGUCGCACUAACUCUCUUCCCCAAGAAAAACUCACCUGAGCGACGUAACGUGAAGGUAGCAUGCUCAGCAAUCCGAGAGAUGCUUGUGGAGGCUUUUCUUUCUUGGCUCCAUCACCCAGAUACCGCCAAGUUGCUUUCAUCACAGGUGGACUUCUUGCACAAUGUAGCUGGUACUCUUGCUGAUCCACGUGUGUACGGUGACGUGCUGGCUGUUCUUCGUAAGUCUACUGUUCCGGAGGCUAGGAAAGAGUAUGAACUGGGUCGACAACUUGCUGUUGUGACGCUUUGCCAGGCUAUCAAUCAGCUGGAUCGGUAUUCCAAGUCUACAGCAAACCGUAUCGUAUCAGGUCUCACUCGUAUAGCAGCGGCCUGCCGUGAGGAUAUUCACUCGCUAGCAGAUGAGCUAGUGCUCCCUUUACUUCCCUCAAUGCUUGACGGGUCUCAGUGGGGAAAGUAUUUGCGACUUCGCACCGAAGCUGUGGCAACAGUACUGGUUGGAUGUGCCGAGAGUGACAACUUCCGGGUGGAAAACCACUCUUGGAUCAGUGACUUUAUUAAGUUUCUACUAGACCCGGUUGUGUCUUCGGAGAACGUGCACUCUUUCAUGAUUCUGUGCGGAUUGAUCCGUGCUGAGCGCAAGUUGCUCCUUCAUGUCGUGUCGUUGUGCAUGGCAAACCCAGACACGGUCAAGCAGAAUUUGCAUGAGCCGCUCACUCGAUGGCCACUCUAUGAAGAGGACGUCGAUCUUGUCGUAGUCACGCUCGAACUGUUGGAGGCGCUCUUGAGCAUCAAGACUCUUCGAGCUACGGUUGAUGUAGACGUGAUAUAUGCCACUGUUUUACAGCUUUCGGAAAACGCGGCAAGUGAAGGCCUCGACGCAAUUUCGACAGCUUGCAAGCAAGUAAUCAAGUCAUUGGGGUCACACCUGCAGUAG